AUGUUCUCGUUCAAAGAAGAGAUCGAUCUUACCAACUUUACAUUUAUUGUGCCGUCCGUUAGUGUGGGAAACGUUCCGCAGCUUGCUGUCGAUGCCGUUAUCGAAACGCUGCGACUCGAACCGAUCGGAAUGCUGUGGUCCCCGGCACUGAUACCCAUCGUCGGUGCACCAGCAUUUGACCACACCAGCAACGACACGCUUACUACUACGGCCGAGCUAUACAUCUCGCAGACAGACAGGGUGCUGGUGUUGCAGAUACGUGCACCAUUGGUUGGUCCACUCCGACAGACAUUCCUGGACCAGUUGAGCGAUUUUGUGCGUGAUCGUAAAUUGUCAAGAGUGGUCGUUCUGGCCAGCUCUUUCUCGCACGAAAAGUCCGGCAUACAUCAAUACCGGUACGUUGCAAACGAACUGUACGAACAAACGCCGGUUGCCAAGCAUCUGAAGAUAGCAUGCUGCUCAAAGCAUGCAGGAGGUGUUAUACAUGGAGGAGGAUUUGCAUCGAAGCUACUGGAAGCUCUCACUGUCCGCAGUGUACCGGCCGUAGUGCUCUUUAUGUACGUUUCGGAGGGUGACAACACGAGGGAAGGGCUACUGCUCGCAAGCGUGCUAAAUUCAAUCAUCGGCGAUGCAUUGCUGUCGGUGCCCGAAUUGUACGGCUUCCGAGGGCCUAGCUCGUGGAAGCAUUUGUUCGGCAGCACACAUCCGAGAGCGUUGUAUUGA